AUGCGCCAUGGCUCGCCACCGAAUUCCAAGAUCGCCGGCGACGCGAAGGAGGCCGUGGACAACUGUGUCGCCGAGUUCAGCCCCGUCUUAAUCCGAGCCCGUGGAGGAGUGCAGGCAGGACAGGCGCACCACCGUGACCGGCGACGACCUCAUCCUCGCCUUGAGCAACCUCGGGUUCGACGACAGCGUCAGGUCCUGGCCUUGUACCUCCGCCGCUACCGUGAGAUUGAGGGCACCAGGCCACGCGCCCGGCACACCUUGAUGGUAGCGCUGGAGCACCCGACGGCCCCGGCGGUGGAGGCGGAGGUGCAGUCGCCGGCGCCGCCGUCGCCAGGUCUGGACCUGCAACUGGGCCCGCCACAGGUGCGUGACGUCACUGAGCUGGGCCCGCACGCCGAUGUGUGCGCGGUGUGGCGUGCGGCCGAUGCAGCGGCCGCAGCAUGA